ACUUUCAUCCAAACAUCAAUACAAAAAAAGGAAAGAAAGAAAGCAACUUUGUUUAAAUGAAUGAAUAUGUCAAGUACACAGAAUCAAUCAGAUUCAUUACAUUUUACUUGACAUGUAAUCCACCUAUGAUAAUCAAAAUCAAAAGGAUUAAUGAUUGAUUCAGGACAAAGUGUAACAUGAAUGAAAUUUCAACAGUUUGUCAAUCUAUGAUGAUCAUCAUCGUAGUCAUAGUGGGCACUGGUUGGUGGCUUGGCUGUCAUUCAUAUCAUGAAAUUUCAUUAUAAUACUAAUAAAAAUUUCAUAAUGGUCAACUCAAUUCUUAUAAUAAUAUUAUCAUCAUCAAUGAAAUCAACAGAGUUAAUCCAAACUACCUUCCUUCCUUGAACCCAGAAAACCCUUAUAAUUCUUCUCUGCUCCACUAAGUAAAACCAAAAAACCAAUAUCAUCAUCAUCAUCAUCAUCAUCAUCAUCAUGUAUAUAUGUAUAAGCAGUGUUAGUUAAUAUUGUUAAAAAAUGGCAGCACCUUCUUCUUCUUCUUCUUCUUCAACUCUAACUCUGUUGUUUGUAACUCUGUUAUGUUGUUCAUCAACAUAUGCAGUUUCUAAUAAUCUUACUUCUUCAUCACAACCACUCUCCCCCAAACAAACUUUGGUCUCAUCCAACCAAGUUUUCGAAUUGGGUUUCUUCAAUCCAACAAAUUCUUCAAAUUUGUAUCUGGGAAUUUGGUACAAGGGAGAUUCUUCUCCUCAUUCAGUUGUAUGGGUUGCCAACAGAGAAAACCCACUCUCCUCUCUCACUUCUCCACUUGUUCAAAUCAGCUCCAUCAAUGGAAAUCUCGAGCUUCUAUCAAAUCAAAACUCGUCUGUAAUCUGGUCAACUGAAUUAGACAUUUCAUCAAACACCACACAAGCUAUACUCUUAAACAAUGGAAACUUAGUCCUCAAAGACUCCAUUUCAGGAUCAGAAUUAUGGCAGAGCUUCCAUAACCCCGGAGACACAUUCUUACCAAGCUCAGUCCUCGGUUUCAACCUCAAAACCGGAGACAACUACAAACUCAUUUCCUGGAAAUCCGAAACCGAUCCGUCUCCGGGAAACUUCAGCUUCGGUAUAGCGAAGAAGAAGCCGCCGGAAGCAGUGGUUUGGAUCGGAUCCGAGAUUUACGCUAGGAGCGGUCCUUGGGAUAAGCUGAAAUUCACAGGCGUACCUGAAAUGGGUUCUUCGUAUAAAAGUCCGUACAAUCUUGUUGAAGAGGUUGAAGAAGGAACAACUUACCUUUAUUUCAACAAUGGGUAUAACGAUUCCGUUGUUUCCAAGGUUUUGCUUUCGCCGGACGGAAUGGUGACGAUCAUGCUCAAAGACAGAGUCGGCGGUUACUGGUACGCUAGCUAUCAAGGUCAGAACGAAUGCGAUCAGUACGGAAUUUGUGGACCAUUUGGGGUUUGUAAGAUCACUGAGUCUCCAAUCUGUAAGUGUUUGAAAGGGUUUAAGCCAAAAUCAAUGGAGGAAUGGAGUGAAGGGAAUUGGAGUGGCGGUUGUGUUAGAGAAUCUGAGUUGAAUCUUUGCCAUAAUAAGAGUGAUGGUGAUGUGUUUGGUGUGAUUGGAGAGGUUUGUGUUCCUGAUUUCUAUGAGUACAUUGAAAAUGGUGGAAACACCAUUGAUUCAUGUCAUGCAUUGUGUUUGAAGAACUGUUCUUGCAUAGCUUAUUCAUUCAUCAAUGGAAUUGGGUGUUUGGUUUGGUCAGAUUCAAACACACUCCUUGAUAUUACACAGUUUGAAUCCAAUACUACUGGAGAUGAUCUCUUUUUUCGCCUUUCGGGUUCUGAAUCACAACUGCCACUACAAAAACCAGGACAUAAUCAUAACAAGAUUAAGAUCAUGGUUGGAGUUGUUGUAGCGGUUUCUGGUGUGGUAUUUUCGGUUGUUGUAGUCUUGUGUUUGCAGAGGCGAAAAAAUAGUAAUGAGAGAAAAGCAGCUGCAAUGAAUAAUGAUUUGAUUUGGACAAGUAGUAAGUUGAAGAGAGGAGGAGGUGAUGAUAAUGAUCAACCUGAGCUUCAUUUUUUUGAUUUGGAUAGUGUUGCAAUGGCUACAAACAGGUUUAGUAUUGCAAACAAACUUGGUCAAGGAGGAUUUGGUCCUGUCUAUAAGGGAGAAUUACAUGGGAAGGAAGUUGCUGUGAAAAGACUAUCUAGUAGCUCAUCACAAGGGGAUGAAGAAUUUAGGAAUGAGAUGAUAUUGAUCUCCAAACUUCAACAUAGAAAUCUUGUUAAGCUCAUUGGUUGUUGCAUUGAGAAUGAGGAGAAGCUGUUAAUAUAUGAGUUCAUGCUCAACAAGAGCUUGGAUACUUUCAUUUUCGAUGAUAAAAGAAGAAGAAGCGCUGAGCUUGAUUGGAGCACGCGGUUCAAGAUUAUUGAGGGGAUCGCGAGAGGUCUUGUGUAUCUACAUCGCGAUUCCAGUUUAAGGGUAAUACAUCGAGAUUUGAAAGCUAGUAAUAUUUUAUUGGAUGAAAAGAUGAAUCCGAAGAUUUCUGAUUUUGGAUUAGCAAGGAUUUUUGAGGGCACCUUAGAUCUAGCAAAUACUCAUAGGGUGGUAGGAACUAUCGGCUAUAUGUCUCCAGAGUACGCACUGAGAGGAAUUUUUUCGGAGAAAUCUGAUGUUUUUAGCUAUGGUGUGUUGAUACUAGAGAUAAUAAGCGGGAAAAAGAACACAAGCUUCAAGGGGGAGGAGGAGCAAUACCAAGGCCUUAUUGCAUAUGCAUGGCAACUAUGGAGUGAAAGUAGAGGAAUUGAGUUGGUAGAUGAAUCAUUGGGUGAGUCAUGUAUUAAUGAAUCAUCAGAAACAAUGAUGAGAUGCAUACAUAUUGGGCUUCUUUGUGUUCAAGACUUUGCUUCUGAUAGACCUUCUAUGGCACAAGUGGCUUCCAUGUUAACCAACCAUAUAUUUGAUCAACCUCAACCCAAACAACCUAUUUUCACUUUCCAACCUUCUACUGCUACUAUUACUACUCAUAAUUCAGAAACUGCUACUUCUUCUUCUAAUAAUACUAGAUGCUCUGCUACUAUGACAAUGGUUGAACCUCGAUAAAAGAAUAAUCUAAAUUAUUCCACUCCAUAAUUCCAUUUCAAUUUAUUUUCAAUGAGAAUCUCUAUUGUUAUAACUAAGCCACAUUUGUCCAACAAUUUCAUCACUUACAUUCUU